UUAAUUAGUAAAUGUACCGAGUAAGCAGAGGGCGGACGCAGCGCACACUUCGCAAGCGCUUUGGAUGCAAUCGAGGCUCAGCUCCAGAACGAGGUAUACCGAGUUACAUGUGUUCGCGGAAGGUGUGAGCUGAAAAUCCUCCUCAAUGCAGAAGCGCAUCAAGUUACCAGUGACUGCUCUGAAUGAGCACAUUAUCUGCAAAUUAUGCAAUGGAUAUCUCAUCGAUGCAGCAACUAUCACAGAAUGUUUGCACACUUUUUGCAAGAGCUGCUUGGUAAGACAUAUUGAACUUGUGAAUCGAUGUCCAACAUGUAACAAUCAAAUUCAUGAAUCACAGCCACUCUACAACAUCAGGCUUGACAGAACCAUGCAAGACAUUGUUUACAAACUUCUUCCAAAAGUAGAGAAGGAGGAAAAACGCAGAGAGCGAAAGUUUUACAAAGACAGAGGAAUGCCUUAUCCAGACCCUAAAGUUCUAGGUAGCCAAACACCUACAAGUGCAGGCUCAAGGCCAUUAAAAGCAACAAAGAAAGAUAAGGGAGCAGCAUCUAAAACAAGUAAAACUACAAAAGUCAAAAGUUAUCACAGAACAGAUGAGCAAAUCUCCCUUCAACUUGAGACAUACCGGGAUGGAAGCAUGUGUAGCUCAACAGAAAUAGAGCCUCUACCAAAGAAAUUUAUCAGGUUGUCAACACACGUCACCAUUGGAUUGCUUCAGAAGUUCUUGGCUUGGAAACUACACUUGGACUCUGAAAACAUGGUGGGCAUCCUCUAUGAUAAAACAGAAAUGGGAAGAGAUCUUACACUGAAGUACAUCAGUGAUAAUCUCUGUCCUCCAAAGGAACACUCUGUGCCCUUGAUUCUACAUUACAGAGCUAUGGAUGUAAGCUUUACAAGAUGACCGGUGUUGUAUGGUCAACUCAAAAUUGAUUGUUGUCUAAUGUUUUAGUAACGUUGUAGAAAUAAAUGUUUUGUAAAGCUUAAUAACACUCCGGAGGAGUGACGAUGUUCAUACUUCAUGAAGUUUGAAAAAGUUUAAAAAGUUCAACGUGCUAGCGUUUUAUAAUAGCUUGUGUUUCGCCAUAUCGAUUACGGUUCAGUGUAUUUAGUAUUUAUUCGUGAUGAGUUCAGUCAACUUCAUAAGAGAACAAAUGAGGAAGAAAUUCAGUAAGACUAUUGUAGUUGCAUUUAUGUUGAA